AUGCAAGCAGUGACAUUCCCCAAGCCUGACAAGUCGGGGAUCCUGGUUUCUCUCGGGUUUUCUCUGGACGGGAUGAUGCUGACAGGAGGCGACAACAAUGGUCAGGUUCACGUCUGGAUGAACAACGGGCAGCAGAAACAGUCUUGGUCUCACUUGCUCACGUCAAAAGCUCACAAGGGCGAUGUGGUCAGCUGUGUGUGGUCGUCGUCAAGGAAAAAAGGAUUUCAUUUCCUCACAGCCGGGCAUGACAAAGAUGUCAAAUUUUGGAUGUUCAAAGACGGGAGUUACGGUCAGGCUUGCAACGUCAUCGCAACGUUCCACACACAGCACACUGAGCACAUCAGCGAUUGUGUGUGGAAGGACUUUCGUGGCACAGAACUACUUCUGACAGCAGGAGGUGACUGCAGCGUUCGCAUCCAUGGCAAGACAGGGCAAGGGAUGUCAGAUUGGUCGUGUGUGACAGUCCUCAAAGAGCAGAAGGGAAACAUUGUAGGCAUCGAUGUGUCUAUCUCAGACGACAACAAGCUGUCGAUUGUAUCGUCUUCAUUCGAUAAGACGGCUGUCAUCUGGAGUUGCUCUGAUGACCUUGAGGCUCUUGUGGAGGGCAAGUGCAAGGACGCUGAGCAUUGGAGCCUUAAGACCCUCGCUGGCUCUGAAGUGUCGCAACAUGGCGGCGAUCGCCGCGUGAGCUUCUGCCCGACGGACGGGGGGCUGGUGGCGGUGGCGUGCGGGAAGGAAGUGCAUCUCUGGGAGGAGUGGGAGGAGGAGAAGUCACCAGGAAGGAAGUGGGAGAAGACAGCAACAUUACAGGGGCACGAGGGAUACAUUAACUCCUUGAGCUUCCGCGACGACGGGGUCCUGCUGGCCUCCUGCGAUCACAUGGGAGGAAUCAAGAUCUGGUCGAGGUUCUCGGGAAGCGAGAGAGAGGAAGUAUGGGGCUGCAUUCAUGAUGUUUCCGACAAACAAGGAACCUUGUGGAGCUGCUGCUUCGGGACCGCCCGAUCAGCAGCAGUGAUUGUGUUUGCUGGGUUUCAGGGAUCUCCAGUCGGAUCCGAUAGCUCCUCCAUCUGUGAGUUGCAGACUGAGAGGAUCAGGAGAAAUGAUUCGAAACUGUUGGACGUUGCUCGAGGAGUCUAUGAGGUUGCGAACCUCGUUAAGGCGGAAGGAAACCAGAGGUACAAGGAGGGGCAGCAUGAGCGAGCGAAGGAGGAAUACUUCCGCUGCCUGUCGCUCUUUCCUUCCGAGCAAGAAACUGCCAACAUCGAGAGCGAUGAGCUGAAGGAGGAGCUGAAGGGUCUGAGAGCAACCUGCCACCUCAACCUUGCCGCUGUCUCCCUCCUCCUCUCCGACUUUCAUCUCGCUGAGGAACACUCUUCUCUCGUCCUGCUCGCCGACCCCACCAAUCCCAAGGGGCUCUACAGGAAGGGGAUGGCGCUGCUGGGUCAGGACAAGACGGAGGAAGCGACCAAGUGGAUCAUGGAGGCUGCCAAGUACAUGCCCGAGGGAGAUACGCAGUGCGCGACAGCGUUGCAGCAGAUUGAACACACUAAAAUGUACAACAUGUUCGGCAUUGGACAGGAUGGAAAGUUUGCAAUCAACGAGCUGUGCUACUCCUCAUUGUUCUCUUGUUUGGAGCAGAAAGAUAAAAAAGUGGCAGACGAGCUGCUUUCUGUCCUCCGUGGCAUUCAUUCCGGGGAACUAGCCCUCACCAAGGACGGGGAGCAGCCUCCCGAGGUUGCGCGAGCUCUGGACAAUCUCGAUGCUCUCGUUGGCGAUCAGGCGAGAGCUGAUCUUCUCAUGCCCCUCUACAUGGACAAGUUCUCCCUCCUCGACCUCGUUCAGCCCUCUGCUCCCUUCGGCUGCUUCACUGGCUCCUUCCCCCCCAACCAGGGAUGCAGCGCCUUCGCCCUCAGCCAUGUCGACCUGACAGGAGCCGAUCCUUCUGUCAUCGCUGACGCAGGUCCCAAGUGGCCGAAGAACAACGGGUUCCUACGCAUCCUGCCGCUGCUCAACUUUCAUCGCGUCAUCCUCCCUCAGCCGGGCGACCUCGCUGUCUUCACGUGCGGUUAUGUCGUAGAGAAGGACAAGGUGAAGAGCAAGAGCGACGGAUCAUCCGAGGACGCGAUCUGGAUCCAGUCGAAAUUUCAACGCAACCAGGAUGUGGCUUAUCGUCACAGGAUCGACCAUCUUCCUCCUCACAUCUUCGACGUGGCUGGCGGCGGACCGUUUGUCUACUUCUUCCGAAGGAAAACGUGA